AUGGCUCCUCCUUUCAGGGUUUUCGAGGGCAAGCUUGCCAUUAUCACUGGCGCCUCGCGCAGCUUCGGUGCCGUCUGCGCUGAGCACUUCGCCAGCAGAGGUGCCAACGUUGUUAUCAACUAUGCCACCGAGGGCUCCAACGAGAGGGCUCAGACUCUGGCAAAGGACUUCGAGGCCAAGUACAAUGUCAAGGCUCUCCCGGUCCAGGCCGAUCUGAGCAAGGCCGAUGCUCCCCAGAAGCUCGUCGACGCCGCGAAGGCGCACUUCACUGACGCUUCUGGCCGCUUCCAAAUCGACAUCAUCGUCAACAACGCCGCCACCGUCAACGCUCAGGGCAUUGACGAGCUCGACCUCGACCAAUUCCAGGCGACUUUCGACCUGAACUGCAGAGCCCCCGCCCUGCUCAUCAAGGCCGCUUUCCCCUACCUGCCAACCGACCGCUCUGGUCGCAUUGUCAACAUCUCCAGCGCGACCACCACCUGGGGUGUCUGGUGGCAGACGUCUUACGCCGGCACCAAGGGUGCCAUUGAGGCCAUGACCCGUGUGUGGGCUCGUGAGCUCGCUGAGAGGGCCACCGUCAACUCUGUCUCUCCCGGUCCCAUGGAUACCGGACUGUACUCCAGCCUGCCGGAUGAGCCUCGUGAGGCUCUUCGCCCGCUGAACAUCCUGACUCCUCUCGCCAAGGCGCGCCCGGGUGUUGACAGCCAGGAGGUUCUCGACUUGGCUCAGAGCAUCGGCGGCCGCCCUGGCUACCUUGAUGAGGUUGCUGGCGUUGUCGGCAUCUGCUGCUUGCCUGAGAGCGGAUGGAUGACCGGUAACCAGGUCAGCGCCAGUGGAGGUGGUCACUUCGUUCGAUAG